UUUAAAUUUUUUAAUACCCCUACUUAUUGGCCAAUGCUCCGCAAAAGAUAAACCAAAAUAUAGCCAGUUACAACUCUCCACGUGGUCAAAUUCACCUAAAUCCAGCCUUACAAUAUAACUCAUGUACACAAUACAUAAGUCUAUAUAUAGUCCUUCAAUGGGCCAGGCUCAAUCAAUUGCCCAAAUAGCUAGGGUUUCUCGCCCUAGGGUUCUCACUUUCCCGAUAUUCGUCAACAGCUGUUCCAUCGAUCACCAGCAAACAAUGACCGGAAAGGCAAAGCCAAAGAAGCAUACGGCGAAGGAGAUCGCGACGAAGGUGGACGCAGCGACGACGAACAGAGGCGGAGGGAAGGCUGGGCUGAUAGACAGAACUGGAAAAGAUAAAGGAGGUCACGCGAAGUUUGAGUGUCCCUACUGCAAAUCAACGGCGCCGGACGUUAAAUCUAUGCAGAUCCAUCACGAUGCUCGCCAUCCUAAGAUCCCCUUUGAGGAAGAUAAGGUCGUGAAUUUACAUGCUAGUCUUGUAGCCGAACCCUCUAAGCCGCGUCCCGGUGUUAGGGGCAGCUUCAAGAAGUGAAGGGUGAGGGCGAAGGUUAUAAAGAUCAAAAUUUCCCAAGUGUUUUCUGUAUUUGUUUUUCUGGAUGUCAUUGGGAAGCUAUGAUGAUAUUAAUUAUCUGGGAAGUUUCUAGCUUCUGUUUCUAAUCAUGGAAUCUACAUUAGAUAUUAUUAUGAUAAUUAUGAAGCGCUUAUGCCCUA